CUGCAAGGGUUGUUCGUCUACCUGGUUGUUGAAUGCGACGCACUUCAUAACCACCAGCCGAAUCAAGCUGGCUACCUAGGUGCAGGAUACACCAGCUACGCCGAUUCUAGCGUGGCCGCUUCUUACGGGGGAUACGAGGCUUAUGCAUCGUUCCACACCGAGAAGGGUGACUCCGACAACGCCAAGACCGGCUCUUACGACUAUAAAGACGCGAACGGCCUCUUUCGACGAGUGAACUACGUAACCGACGCGUAUGGCUUCCGAGUCACUGUGGACACCAACGAGCCGGGCACCGUACCUGGUGCAAGCGCAGGCGCGGUGUUCAACGCUGCACCGGUAGUCCCACUAGUUCCAUCAAGUUCGGGACAGAGUCAGGCACCUGCCCCUUACGGCACACAGCCGGCAGCAGAAUACUUAGCUGGGGGCUAUGGUGGUUACAGCGGAUACAGAUACAAUCUCUACGCAGGCGCUGCUUGA